AUGUCUUCACAACAGGCAUUUGACCCAACAUUCGCGUCCAUCGUCGAAAUUUCAAGCUAUAUGCAACCAUGGCCGAUACUUUAUGAAAAUCAUCCCCUUGCUCAAUUUCAUGCAAAGUUUUGGGGCAAGAACAUGGCGGACGAGGAGAAGCAGUGGCUUGACGCUCAAAAGGCCAGUCCUGCAACGGGAAGUGAGUUUGGGUUACGGAAUCAGGUAGGAGAGGACGCCGUCGUUAACGAGAAGAUGGUAGUGGAUGUAACCAUGGAUGAGGCAACGACAAUGGAUCCAGAUGACGAUAUCAUUCCGGGUUGUUAUAUGCUCGACAUUGGCAUUGAUGGACUGAUUUCAAAACUGUGGAUCAGAGCUGAAUACAUUCGUGUUUUCAAUUCUGUUAACGCUCAUUAUGACGAACCCUCGUUCGUCGGUAAAGCACCCUGUGCAGUCGUCACAGGCCAACCAGGGAUCGGCAAGAGCGUAUGGGUCUAUUACGCUUUGCGCCGAUGCUUUGCCGAAAGGAGGCCGGUCAUUUGGUACUUCAAACAACGCUGCCACUUGUUUGUGGAGGAAGGUGUCUACGAGAUGCCUAACGACUUUCAGAGAGCCGAACUCAAAUCAUUCAUUUGGACCUUUGUCGAUUCCGAUGAGGACUCUGUGGGCAUUCCAGACUAUCUAGUCCCUCGCGGUACUCCACUUUUUGUCAUUUUCUCCACCUCUCCACGUCGUGCAAGGUGGUCGCGUUUACACAAGACGGUGAUGGCCCCGCUAGUUGCGAUCAUGAAUCCAUGGAAAAGGAAAGAGAUCUUACGAGCUGCAUCGAUAUACCCCCUAGGUCGCAUCAAUGAGUCUCGCACCAACGAAAUAUUCGACCAGCUUGGUCCUACCCCUCGCCUCUGUAUCGAAUAUCAACUAGACCCUAAUGCUCUGAGUUUGUACGAAAAGGACAUCUGCACUGCACUCUCGAAGGUCACGUCAAAAGACCUGGAAUUGUUGCUCGUCGCCGCUGGCAAUGGGGGCCUUGGGAUUGAUUCCAUGUUUGACACGAUUGCUCUCCUCACCCGCCAAUCAUUAGACGAUGCGUAUAGCCCAGGCAUGGCCACUCCCAUCACUCCUUACAUCCAAUCAAGACUCUCCUAUCAGUUCCGCAACCUGGAACGCAAGGAACUUUUGCGUCUCUACAAGACCUUUGCAAAGGUGCGUGAAGGUAGGAAGAUGGCUGGUGUUUUCUUCGAGGCCCUUGCACAGAGAAACCUUCAGGAGGGAAUCACACUCGAGGUCGUUCCGAUGGUCAAGUUGGAUGAAGCCCGAAAUGGAGUGCCUCAGUGGUGCUCCCGCCACGUAUCCACAAUCAAUUCAAAACCGGAGGAACAGCGUAUGGUGGCGUUGAACAUCGAUAUCGAUCCCAUCCGAACGGAAGAAUUCGCAGAAAACAAACGCCUGUCCCUUGCCCGCGAUGUCAUGUAUGUCCCGGAAGCGGACAACAAGGUGGCACUCAACUCGUUUAUCUGGCUCAAUGAGGGGCUUUUCAUCUUCCAGUUCACUACUGCAGAAGCCCAUGGUCUACUCGACUUCUUCAAAGAAUAUGUGGACCCAUUCCCGUCGAGCUGCAAAAUUUUAUUUAUUGUUGGACCCAAGCAGCAACUAACCUGUCCGCAACCACGAAAUGCCACCUUACGUGAGUUGGAUAUGUACUCUGCAGUAGUUGAUGUGGAGGCAGAAAUAUCUUACUGGUAG